UGGCUAGAGUCCUUCUCUACCCAAUGGUUCAAUAUUGAGGCCUUAGUCCUAUUGGACUUCUUAGUACUCGUGCCCACUUGUCCAGGCCACUUUGUCAACUCUCUACUCGUAAGAAGAAUAGUGCUCUUUAUCAAAUUAUAAGCCGGGUCAUGAGUACAAUGAGUCAGGUGUUAAUCUUUAUCCCAAGAUCCUUAAAGAAUCGGUACAAACAAGAAAGACUCGCGAGUAAUAUGAUUCAAGAUCAAGAUCUUGAUUCUUGAUUCUACUUCUUGUCUUGAAUCUUGGAAUUGAUGGAAUGCGUGCUGAUAGGAUGAGAUGGGAUGGUCUCGUGGAUCACACGUGGAGAGGAGAGCCUCAUCCAACGUUGGGGAGACAUCCACACGAGUUUAGGCUUGUGGAGCCGCUAGACGCACCUAAGGUGACGAGUUCCCUAUCUAGUCCCUGUGAGUUGAGCGUCUCAUUCAUGUUCCGUCACUGCCUGGUUACGUUACCAAUGUUUGGGGAAUCCCUAAACAUUGGUUUGGGGAUACCUCUGGGGGCGUUGGGGAACUUAUCCAGAAUGACCGAUUCUUUUCUUUUUGGAGGGGGAAGCGGGACGCUUUAAAAUGGGCUAAACCCAAGAUCAGGGACGUGGGAUCUGGAGUCUGAGGUGAGGUGCGCACAAGAGAAUGCAGUGGCCUGAGAGGCGUUCAUCUUGCUGAUAUCGAGAAUGGCCUUUGCUGUCCGCCUUGGCUUUCAUCUUCGAUCGGGGGGCUUAUUUGCUUUAGGAGUCCAGGCCGAUAUGGAGAAUGAACCGGGGUAAUACUCAGGUAGAAUCAAUGUUUCUGCUGGGUCGUCUACCCGAUCCAUCUGAUCAUCAAUUACCCAAGCUUCAAUAGAAUGAAGCAGCUGAGAUGCAUCAUCAGAUAGUUGUGUUCAUCAUCCCCUGCAGUUAUGUUAGCUUACUCAUCCUGUUGCUCAUCGGCUACACCUCUCCUCUUGACUCCUUGUUCCUUAUUUCCAGAAUCAGUUGCCUUGGAGAUCGGCUCUUGACUUACCGCCCAAAGAAUCAAUCAAACAAACGGCACGGCCAGAAGAAAAAAAAGCAAAAAUCGAAUCGGUAACGGAAUCUUGAUCAAAGGAUCAUGUACAGCAUCCCCUGUAUACGCGAUCUACAUAGAAAGAUAGAAAGAGGCUUCGCUCCUUUCCACGCGAUUCUAUUUAUAUAAAAUAAAAAAUAAAAAUAGAAAGCUCUAGGAUUGCGUAGGAUUCUUUGGCUACCGCUGCGGCGGUCAAAGUCAAAGACCCAACCAACCCUAGCCGCCGCCUUAAGAGAGGUUUUUCUCCCUCCCUUCCAGUGUGGCUUGAAAGAAAGCAAGCCACCUUGUUUUUGGCAAUGAAUGGAAUCAAUAGAUCGGCGGCACAGUAGAGUGAUUCUGACUGAAACUCCUGCUUGAUCUGUUUUGAGGCCCCCAGCUUUAGGCUAGGUAUAGGCCUCUCUAGAAGGUUGUGGGUUGGAGGAGAAAGGGGAGUGGAGGCGGGCCUCCGUUCGCAUCUCUGUUCCAACAAAUAACGACUUUUCCUCGUUCCCAUGACUCCGCGGCCCAUCUGCCUUUUCCAUUGUCAACCCCGGCAACUUAUGAGUGAGGCUUUCGGGGCUACCUACUUUAGGGCUUAAUAUAUAUAUAAGAAGAGCCCGAAUUUGGCCUUUUUGUUUAAGGGCUGCUCGCCUUUUGAAUAGAAGGAAGUGGGAUAGCGGGGGUGAUUUCGGUAAACCGAUGCAUGAGCUGAGGCUCCCAUGUCCCGCCGACCCUCCGAAAAAGUAAGGUCGUAAAACGGCUCAUAGGGAGUCAGAAGCAAGCAGAGUCAAAGGCGGGUCAAACUCACAUAAGCAGAGGGGGAGACACAUUCAUGAAAAGCGAGAAGCCGUGCCGUGGGGGACUGACCAACUAUGAAUAGAUCUUACUUACGGGUAACAGUAGGAACAUCUAUUAGUCCGUAUCGUGGGUCUACUUGUUACAAAAGGCGAACAUCCCCAUUCCAAAACAUUCACAUAGGUCCUCAGGCGGGCGGGACGAAAAGAGUCUAUUUACCUUUACAAUAUUCCGGAAUGUAUCACGGCCCUAUCUAUUCAUCUUUUUUAUUAAAAAAAAAAAGAGUUCCGCAUCUCUCCGGGGCCCGGGGAACAAAUAGGCGUGGGGAAGAGGGAGAGGGGGGGCUACGAGCCCUCUCCCGUUGCUGUUCCCGGACCACCCACCCCUUCCUUCCCCUUCGCCCGGCCCGGUGAGGUCCGAAGAGAUCAGAUCUCUCGAACGAAGUGAAGUGAUAGGAAGAGAAGACUGCUGGCGGGAGAUCUCUAUUCAUUACACCCAGCGAAGCCAAAAAACGUGAGCGCCUAGCGCGAUACGCAAUCAAACUACUGCGCUAACGCGCUUCAACCUAAACAAGCAAGGGCCCGACUAUAUACAACGGCUAGCGCGCCAGAACAAGCAAGGGAUGAGCCCCUACUCGAGUAAGCUGAUCGUAGAGCACCGUUGCGCGUUAGCGCAUCCGCUGGGCGCGUUAGCACGCGCAUCCAAGAAUCAACGGAUGAGCCCCUACUCGAGUAAGCUGAUCGUAGAGCACUCUCUCCCGGUGGUCGAGCUGAUCGUAGAGCACUCUCUCCCGGUGGUCGAGCUGAUCGUAGAGCACCGUUGUGCGUUAGCAUGCUUUGACGCGGGAGCGCGCAACUAGGUUGCGCGCGCCUUACUCAAAUAGGGGCUUUAGCUAUAGUGGGGCCCUUGCUUGUUAGGUUAGGGGCAAAGCAACCUGACGCGUUGCGGCGCCCUACCUUGUCCACUGAGGCUCCGGAGUUUGCUGGAUCGAAGUAGGAAAUUCUCCAUCCGCCCGCCAGCAGCAGAGGGGUUCGAUUCCCGUUAUACGCGAUGUGGCGAAAAAGACUGAAAAAACGAGAUACCUUGCCUGCAUUAAGAUUUAAAACUUGUCGUCUACUUCCAGGAAAUGUUCGGAACAGAGAACUUACAAUAAUACAACGCCGCAUUCUCCGAAGAUUGAGGAGCAAGAAGAGAUCUAUUAAUAGAAAGAUUUAUCCGAGAGAAAAUCUUAACAGUUACAUCCAAUCACAAACUACACGAAAGUUGCCCCUUUUUCAUGGGGAUUUACCCAUCACAGAGAUGCACAGAGGAACAGAACGAACUUCAUAUAUCCCUUUUCCACUCAAUCCAGAAACAAGAUCGGACGUUAUUCCGGUUCGUCUCCAUUUUCGUGAAACUAUUCCUCAAGCAAGGCAGCCGAUAAGUCAUCGAAGGGUUUGUGUGAAUAAUGGAAUGGUAAGCAUUACUUAUUUGAAAGUGUCCCACGGUGAUCUAAUAUCUUUUCAAGAAAAUGACGCGAGAACCCGCGGUGAAGAAAUAAGGAGAUCUUUCUAUAUCGACAUAUCAGUUGAAAAAAUCAUAGGCAAAUUCCUGGAUCACCCGGUAAGAAUGUGGAGAAGAACCAAAACAGAAUGGUUCCGCCUACUCAAAACUAAGAGGGGGUGCCGCCUACUACUAAAAUCCCGGUUUUUGCAACAGUUGCGUUCUUCUAUGCAAGAAGAAGACUUAGAAAGAACAAAGAAGUUUGGAUCCGAAAAAGUAUGCUUAGGCAGUUCCUUCGCUGAGCACAACAGAAUGAAGAGGAAUUUGUAUCAUUUCAAAUCCCUAUUCUUAUCGAAGAGAAGGAACGAGAAAAACCGAAAUCUUCCUACUCGAACAAGAAGUCCUAUAGUUAACAACUCUUCUUUAUAUAGUAAUUCGACCUAUUGCUCCGGAUCCCCCCAUCAGUUUACUAGGAAGAGAAGAAUCAAAAGGAUCGAACUACCUACUCAUUAUUCGGAAGUGAAUCAUAGAACACCAAAAGCUGUGGUAUCUUAUGGACCUAACAUAGGUCACAUCCCUCACGACAUAAGAUUGAAAGAUCCAAACCUUCCUCUUCGGAGCGGAAACGGACGUGGCCAAAACAUAUAAAGAUCGGCGUAGUCGCUCAUAGAUAGAUCUCUCUCCAUAUAGAUAGGUAUCUCCGUGGAUAGAGAUAAAGAUAGGGAUCCAUCUAGAUCUUGAUUCACUAUUUCCAUUUUUUUUCUUCCUUGAUUCUGAUUGAUUGCCUUUUUGACGACCCCUACUCGAGUAAAGGUAAGGAAACAUCGGUUUUCAAUUAUUACUUGCUGGGUCGGAGCGUAGACGAGCGAGCAGAGCCCAGGAACAGGGAAGCCCGUCAUAGAGCAGUCGACUAGAAGUAGAAGACUGCUGGCCUGAGAGAAGGCGGCCUCUCUCGGGAAACAUGGCCCAAUUUCUCUUCUUUCUUUUUGAUUUCGGUUUUUUUUUCAGGGGCCCACCCAA